AUGCAUAACUCCCAUGCUGUGGAACAGGUGAAUCACUUCAAAUAUCUUGAAGCAGAAAUAACAAGCUAUGGAAAUCUCUCAAAAGAGGUCAGAGAACAAACAAUGAAAGCAGCUAGAAUCUUGGGAUCCCUGAACGAAAUCGUAUGGAAGAACAAAUAUCUAAAUAUUGAAAGCAAAGUGAAAAUAUAUAAAACAACAAUAAGGCCUAUUAUAACAUAUGCGGUAGAAACAAGACCAGACACAAAUAGAACGUUACAAAUGAUGAGAAUAGUUGAAAUGAGAACUCUAAGAAGUAUACAAGGCAAAACUCUGCGUGACAGAAUACGAACUGAAGACAUCAGACAAAACUGUAGAUUACAGGACAUAGAAAGGUGGAUAAGACAGAUACGAAUAUAUUGGAACAAGAACAAACAUAUAAAGAGAAUCGAGGACAGCAGACUCACCAAUUUCUAUUAG